UAGAAGGAUCAAGCCCUAUAUCUCUGCAGUGUGUUUUUGCAGUAUAUCCAGCACCCGGAGGUGGCUGAAAUAACCACUGUCCUCAGAAGACUGAUUUUUAAGAACAAAGAGGACUCUACCCACUGGAGCCCAAGCAGGCUCCCAUCCACCAUGGCUGCCAUCCGGCUUCGAGAAUUUAUUGACCGCCGCCCAGUGAUCCUAUCUAGUGUAUUCAUCGCUCAUCAAGGAAAGGACAUCCAAGGAUAUUACCCCGGGCAGCUGGCAAGAGUCCACUUUGAUUCUAGUGCGAAGAGACCUCCCAGACCUCUCAUAGACUUGACAAUUCCACCCAGGAGAAAAAGCCAGUAUCAGCCUCAAUUAGACCAACAAACUCUCAUUCGAUACAUUUGUUUUCGAAGACAUUCAAGGCCCGCUGAGCCAUGGUAUAAAGAAACCACCUACCAAAGGGACUAUUCUCUGCCAUUUUACAAGAUUGCAGAAGAGAAAACCGAGCCUUACAGACUUUAAGAAACUCACUCCAUCCAGCAGCUGGUGGGUCGUCGAUCCGGGCCCUCCAGAGAAUGAACGGAGGGAGGCUUCACAGGAAAUGGGAAGAAGAUUCAGGUGGUGCAGCAUUUGGAGUGAGGAAGGACACCAUCAAGAGAGAACUCACGAGAACUCACGAGGCAUUAAAGCUCCUUGCACGGCCGCCCGCUCCGACCGCAGGAUUGUUGGUGCCUCUGAUGGAAAUAAUGGUUUUCGGCCAGAGACGUGUCAAGCUGGGAUCCGUAGGCAACUGAAAAUGAGGUGCUGGAAAGUCUAGCAGGCAGCACUAGACAAGGAACAGGGUUGGACAGCCCCCUACCCAGUGAGGGUUGAAGCCUGACCCAUUCAAGAGAUAAUUCAUGUCGAAAUAGUCACUGACCCGCUGAGCGAGCGUGUAUGAGUUAUCUAUCGUGGAGGAGCGUCUCACUCCAAAACCUAGUGGUUUAUCAGAUAAAUGAUCAUGAUUUUCACCUUUUAGAUGGGCAGUUCUGGCUCAGGGUUUCUCUCUCAAGGAAUCAGUCACCUGCAUUGAGUGGGGCAUCAUCUGAAGGCUUGACUGGGGCCGGAGGGUCUGCCUCCAAGGUGGCUCAUCCACAUGGUCGUCACUCGCAUGCUGGCUCAUGACUGGGGCCUCCGUGCCUUUCCAGGUGGGUCUCCUCACACCAGUGCCAAAUGUCCCGAGGGCACGGCAGUUAGCUCCCCCUACCUAGAAUGGGCAAUCUGGGAUGAAGGGGGAGACGGUGAUGCCUUUUCUGACCCGGGGGCAGAAGCCACGCACUGUCACUUCUGAAUGGUCCUACUGAGGCAGUGUGCAAGGAUUACAUAAGGCACGGGUACCACGGGGUGAGAAUUACUGGGGUCCGCUUUGGAAGCUGGCAAGGGUGCAUUGACUGAGCAUCCUUUAUGAACCAGCCACGGUGCUGUCUGUGGGGGCUACAGUGACCUGGAUAGACAGGACACCUGCUUUCAUGGAGCUGACAUUCUUGGGGGCCUACAGAGCAUAACCAAGCACGCUUUGUCAACAUUAUAGACUGCGGUGGUGCUAUCAGCGAAACAGGCUGAUAAGUGAACUCAAGGCAGUUUGCUUUUAAUAGCACAGUCAGGGAAAACCUCUAUGCAAUUUUAGCUGAGCCCUGGAACACGGGAAUGAGUCACGUUAGACAGUGUUUCAGGAGAAAGGAACAAACAGUGAGUCCAAAAGCUUGAAAGCAGGAAAGGCCUACGCUUGUUUGAGGAACAGAAAGGAACCCAGUGUAGCGGGUGUGUGGUCAGGGAGGGCGCCUGGAUUCGAAUCUCAAAACAAAGACCUGGAAGGGUUCGAGCGGAGGAGUGACUGAUCAUUUGUAUUUUUAAAAGAUCAACUCUAGCUGCUGCUAAGACCCUGUUUGGAAAGGGACAAGAGGUAGGGCGUGCCGACCAGCGAGGAAGCUAUUUGCCUGCUUAGAAUGGAGACGAUGGGGCUUGGACCAGCAGGGAAAAUGAAAAAGGAUGAAUGGAUUCCAGAGAUAUUUUGGAGGUGACAUCAGUUGGACUCAGUGACUUGCUGUGAGAGCGUUUUCAUUCAUUCAUCUGUGUUCUUCCAGUAAAUGAUUUGAGAGCCUAUUUGUAUGCCAGGCAGUGUGCAAGGUUUUGGCGAUACAGUGUCAAACAAAAAUAGACACAACGUUUCUACAUGCAGGAAGCUUCAACCGGAACCGGGACAGAAAUAAGCGUACCAUUUCACCUGGCAUAAAUGCGAUAGAGCAGAAUUUAUGUGGUGCUAUAGGAGCGCUUAAUGGGUUUCCCUGAGGAAAUGAUGAGCGAAAAGUUCACUAAGCGAGGAGUAGGGGAAGAGCUUCACAGUGAGCACAGAGUGUGCAAAGGCCCUGUGGUAGGAACACAGCAUGUUUGAGAAACUUAAAAAAAAAAUGUGCUAAAGCACAGAGAUCAGGAAGGGUGGAGCAGGAUGUAACUAGAGAUUUAAAGACAGGAACAAGGAGAGGGUAUACAGGCCAUUUUCAGCUCUGGCACCUCUAGCCUGAGAUAAAUGGCAAAUCACUAAAAAAGUUUUAAGAAGGGUGGAGACGCCAUGAUUAAAAGUGCAUUGUGAAAAUGAGAAGGAAAGGGAGGCCGGGUGGGGAGUCGGGUGAG